CACCACAGCUCUAUAAUAUUAUUUUCAUCACUUUUAUUUUUCAACUUGAUACUAGCCAGAUAACUACCAAACCAUGUCCUCAAUGUCAAAUACCUUCAGCAGUGGGGCAGCAGACUUCAGUGCCAGUCAAACGCUGCCGUCAGCGACCAGCUACCCGGUAGCCACCGAAAGUAUGGGUUCCGGAUGGCUGUCGACAAGGCAGGGAAUAAUCAUCGGCGUGUGUGGUGUUGUCCUAAUAACAAUAUCGCUGGUUUACAUGUCCAAGUACACCACACGCAGCCGACGAACCACACAGGCAGCAAGUCACGGCAUGCACACCCGCCAUAUCACAAUAGAAAUGGAGCCGCGACGAAUGCAGCACAAACUGCCGCUCCUGCCCGAGCACGCGCUCAAAAUGCUGCACGCUGAAACUGUCAAGGACAAGCAGGUCUCAGACGAGACGGAUCCGUGUGCCAUUUGCCUAGCCGAGAUUGCAUACCAGGAAGUGAUGAUGGAGCUGCCAUGCCGCCACCGGUUCCACUAUGACUGCAUACGGAAAUGGCUGACGACCAAAUCCGAGCAGUGCCCGUUAUGCAAGGGCUCGGUGCUGGCUGCGCUUGGAAUCAAUGCCGACACCCCGCGGCACAGCACAGAUCAGGCAGCGGAGACUGCAGCACCUGCGGAACAGCAGAGUGGUGUUGCCGAGAGGAGCACACAGCCCGAAGUAGCAGUACCGGAGAGGGCCGCAGUGAGAAACGUCUAGAAUAAAACAGCGAGAUUAGAAAAAAAAACGCAUGACUAAUCACAUUUCGCGUCAAAUAUUUUCCAGUGUCUUGGCAGCGAACGAUCUGCGCUUGGGCACUGAAGGGUAUAAUUGCCAACGAUCGAUGCGAUCGUAUAAAUUCCAGACAUGUAGUCGGCG